AAAAAUCCCCGUCUUUCUUCAAACAUUUCUCAUUCUUCAAGCUGUUUCCAGGAUAAAAUUUUAUUCAAUUUCUUCUUUCGUUGAUUUUUCUUAGAGCUUUAAAAUUAUGAAACAUUCAGUAAAUCGACCACCAACUCCAGUUGCUGCAGACGAUCAAGGGAAAGAACCCACCCUUCAAGAAAUUAUUAACAUCAAGUUGAUCGAGAGUGGGGAAAAAGAGAGAUUAAUGGAGCUGUUAAGAGAAAGGCUUAUAGACUGUGGUUGGAAGGAUGAGAUGAAAGCUAUUUGCAGGGCGUAUAUUAAGAAGAAAGGAAGAAACAAUGUCACUGUAGAUGACCUUGUGCAUUUGAUCACCCCAAAAGGCAGAGCUUCCGUUCCUGACACCAUAAAGGCCGAGCUCUUGCAAAGAAUUCAUAUGUUUCUCAUGUCUGCUGCUCUUUGAUCAUCAGCGUGCGUAGGAAAGCAAUAGAGCAGCUCAUACUUGCUUGAUGGGUUUGAAUGGUAAGCUUGUUAGGGUUUGGCUGUACCAGCAAGUCUUGUUUAAGGUAAUGUUGUUUAUUUGAAAUACCUGAAUACUAUUAGGCUGAAGGAAUGAUCAGUGUUCGCAGCAAGUUGGACGGAACUUCGUUUAUGCUUUAUUGAUGUUUACAAUUGUCCGCUAUCAUAUCUAUUCCCUAUUGCUGUAAUCUUUGGAACUUUGGGAUAGAAAACUCUGCAUUAGUCCUCUGGUGGGAGUUAAGUUUGUUAGUGUUUCUUGA